GUGUAUGGCUUCUACGAUGAAUGUGCACGUCGUUAUUCGAAGCGUUUAUGGCAAAUCUUUCAAACAGUUUUCAAUUGUUUACCGUUAUGCGCACGUAUUAGUUCACGUAUUUUUUGUAUGCACGGUGGAAUUUCACAACAAAUCAGCACGUGGACGGCAAUGAAGAAAAUUCGACGACCUUUAGAGAUUCCAGAUUAUGGAGUGCUUUGUGAUUUGCUAUGGGCUGAUCCGGAUAGUACGGUGAAAGGUUACGAGGAAAGUCCACGUGGUGUAUCGAAUGUCUUCGGUGAAGAUGUUCUUACAGAAUUUUGUCGUAAAAUGGGCAUUGAUAUGGUGGUGCGGGCACAUCAGGUGAGUGACAUCAGCAGCUUUUCGCUUGCCAUGACAAAAUAA